GGGCGUGGCGCGCCCGCUCGUGCCCUCCGCAGUCUUCGCCCAGCUCGCUCUCAGGCAACAUGUCGGCCGCCGCUCAACAAAACAACAACGAAGCGCCCGGGCUGAACGGAGUCCUGCCCCUCAGCAGCUCUGUCCCUCUCGGUGUCGCAGGGUCCUGGGUGGAGCUGGAGAUGAACGGGAACGCCGCUGGGAACACGGAGAACUUGAACUUGAAUAUGAACUUGAACUUGAACGAGGGAGAGGGAGAGGGAGAGGGGGAGCGCAACGGGGGUCUGGAGCACGUGCCCUCCUCCUCAUCCAUUCACAAUGGAGACAUGGAGAAGAUCCUGCUGGACGCACAGCAUGAGAGCAGCCAGAGCAGCAGCUCCUGUGACAGCCCUCCCCGCCCACACACACCCCUGGACGAGGGACAGAUCACCUUCGAUGUGGAUCUGCGCACGAGCCGAGACUCUUGCAGCUCACAGUCGGAAGAGGACAGCGUGGACAGGGAGAAGGAGGAAGACAUUCUGAUGAUGAAGAGCGCCGACUGGGUAGCGGACUGGUCCAGCCGACCAGAAAACAUCCCCCCGAAGGAGUUCCAUUUCCGCCACCCCAGGCGCUCGGUGACUCUGAGCAUGAGGAAGACGGGGGUGAUGAAGAAGGGGGGCGUCUUCUCAGCCGAAUUCCUCAAGGUGGUCAUCCCCUCUCUGCUGCUGUCACACAUCCUGGCUCUGGGGCUGGGCGUGUACAUCGGGAAGAGACUGACAACCCCCUCAACCAGCUCCUUCUGAGCAGGGAGUGAAGAGCCUGGGUCCCGGCGAGCUGUGCUCCUGUCGCAGUCCGUUCCAUGGACACCUCUUUCUCUCUCUCUUUCUCUCUCCUCCUCUCUUUCUCUCUCCCUCCUCUUUCUCUCUGUCUCGUUCUCCUUGUAUUUUGUUAUAGUGGAUUUUUUUUUUUUUUUGCACUCUGUAAUUUGGUGACCGUUUGUUUUGGGCGCCACCUGCUCUUAAAAUCUUUCGAUUCAGUUUCUGAAGAUCCUGGAUGGCUGGGCUGGCUGGCUGGCAUGCGCCGUUUAUUGUUUUAAGUUUGAAGGAGAUACAGAUGAAGACGCAGAGCUAAGUCGUGUUUAAAAUGACCCUGAUCACAAUUGUAAAAAUGCUGCAAUCCAAGUUGUUGUAGGUGCUAGGAAUUAAAAGGGGGUCCCCUCUAGACAGACCCCUGUCACAGCGACUUACUGACAGUCGAAGAAGGCAGCGUGGCAGAAAUCUCAAUCAAUAUCUCUCUAGCCCUGGCCCGAUCCUAUCAUCGUCCCCUGGCCGGGCUCUACGGUACAGAAGCCUGUUUCAGUGUGAACGCGCGCACUGUGAUUUCUUUCAAAGGUCACGUUGAGUGCUGUUCAGGACAGGGAGCCCUGAUCUCAAGGGAAGGCAGUUGAAGUUGAAGUUUGGGGUGGGGCGUGAGGUCGUGGAUUAUAGGUUAUCUGGGCAGGCUGACCUGCCCUCACUAGGGGUAGGAGAUUUUAUAAGGGGCAGAUUUGCAAGCCUUAACAGUAAAGCUCACAGUAUACUUUAUAAUCGCUUAUGCUUAGAUUUUUAAAAUGAAUUAAAAAGAGAAGAAUUUUUCCUUCUAAUAUUUUGCAAGAAACACUUUCAAUGCCGCUAAUAGAACGCUGUUUGAUGCUUUACAAUUUGCUGGAAGCUGAUGCUAUACAUCUCUUUGAGAAACAUGAAGGUUUAUUGAGGGCAUGGGCAGAGCUGUGUCUACACAGACACCACCGUCGAGAGUGGGGGUGGGGGCAGAUCUUUUAUCAGAUGGGGCUGUAGUCCCGGGGGGGGGUCGAUUUUGGGUUGUCUUGCAUUAUUAUUCUUCAGGCUUUACAAUCGCCAGACCAUAGUGUUUCACUCAGAGAUUCGUUACACCUUUCAAGGAAGGCGUGUGGGAUCCAGCCAUGGCUCUCUCUGUGUCUCCUGACUCCACAGUGUCCACUGCUUUAAAAAUAUAAGAGAACUUUCUGAGUGCCGCUGUCAUGCGAAAGGAACCACUUCUAGACUGACUGCUAUUGGCAAGGCAGAACAACCCUGACUGCACAGGCUAUUGGCAAGGCAGCCCUGACAUUGCUGCAUUUCUCUGUCCUGGUCUCUCCUGAUGGGCUGAGAAGAGAACGACACGGUUUAUUUAAUAUUCUCUAUUGAUGGGGUGGGAUCAAAUGUGUGGUUUUAAAAAAUAAUAAUAAUUUUAUGGGUUGAUGGAUGGAAAUGAAAGUCUAAUAAUAGAUUCUCCACAAUGUUCUGAAGCUGCCUCGUACAAUUAGGAAGGAACACCUGCUCUGGACAGAGAAAUAGCUGAAGAAGGGCUUAGUGUCUGGGUUUUUGAACAGAAUACUCUGAAGGAAUUGACAAACCGAAUUAGCCUGGCUGUUGAAUCCUAAUAGAAACUUAAAAAAAAAAAAAAACUGCUUUGUUUGAAUCUGUCGCUCCCUGUUACCUUUUUUGGUAUUCUUUAAAAAGCAGCUGUUGAGGAAAGCCAUAGCAGCGCUGUGAAAAUGUUAAUCUUCCUAGUGUUACUGAAGAGGACAGUUGUACAGUUCCGUCGCUGGCCAGACUGGUAUAGAUUCAUGUCUGGUGGGCACGGGCAGUACUGUAGCAUUUAAUCUCAAUGACCCUCUCUGCAGUUCAGUGUCGGCCGUCAUCAGUGGGUGUUCCUGUUGGUUCAAAUUGAACUGCAGUCUAGAUGGGGGUAUUUCAUAUAUCUGUAGAGAGAAAAAAGGUUUUAUCCCGCUUCUGGAAUUUUUUUGUGACACGUUUGCUUGGAUGACGAGGGCAGUUCAUUUUUAAAUUUGUGUUAUUUUUAUUUCAAAGUGUUUUGUAAAUACAUUUUGAAUUUUCCGGAGCCCAGGGCUGUGCUGCCCAGACUAGCUGUGAGGGGCUGGUGGGUAACCAGCACAGCUGACCUGACAGCCGGACGCAGUCUGACUCCAGGGGCUUAUAUCCCAGUGAAACGCAGUCAGGACAGCCACCACGUGCCCUAAACCUUUUGGGUAACGCCUUUGUCGGCUGCUGUGUGUGUGGUUUUUUUUCACAUUAGGAUGGGGUUCCUGUUGUGCUGUUGCUCUUGUUUUACUGUUGCCUCACGUUGUGCCCCAGACUCAUGUGCAUCCUGCGCACACAGGAGGGCAAGCUGUGAAUUAUCAUAGGUAGCAAAGUGCCUCGCGUCUAUGAUAACAAACAGCAACAGUCGAACCCUCGACUCUGGUAAAGGCGUUAGCCAAACGACUGGAACAAAGAUAGACAGGGCAGGUAGAACAGGCUCCAGUAACCUGCUGGCUACACCCCUCCCUCCCUUUCUCCCUCACUCCCUCUGAGACUCUCCCUGGCUGCUGUGCCCGCUCUCAAUGCAGCUCAGCUCUGAUACUCACCAUUCAAUCUUUUAUCAACCGUGUUGAAAGCAUUGGAGUUUACUGAGCCAAAGCGGUUGAUCCGACUCUUUUGUUACGUUUUGUGUUCGCACUUUGUAGCAUCGUAUGUAAUUAUUAACAAGAAAAAAAAAAUAACGUGGAAGUAUCUCCUGUUGUGCCAUUAAAAAAACUCUCUGAAAGAC